AUCUGAUCAGGCAUAACCAGAAGGCUGUGCAGAGAGAAAGAUGGGGAAGACUUUUCUGCUAUCCACAGUCUUGACUUGGGGUGUCCUGAUCCUUUUAAUUCCAGCCCAAGGGGCCAAGAGUGAUGACCCCACCAGAACCACUGAAUAUGGAGAGAUCCGUGGGACUCACAUCAACAUCAAGAGAUUUGACAAAGGUGUCAAUGUUUUUCUGGGAAUCCCCUUUGCCAGACCCCCUACUGGGGCCCUAAGGUUUUCUCCUCCACAGCCACCAGAACCAUGGAGUGAAGUGAGAGAGGCAACUUCUUACCCAUCCAUGUGUUUGCAGGAUAUUACUAACCUAGAAUCACUGAGGAAGUUCCUGAACAUAAACUUUUCUAUUACUGCUACUUCUGAAGACUGUUUGUACCUCAAUAUCUAUGUUCCUGAUCAUGCAAAAGAGGGGGCCAGAUUGCCAGUGAUGGUGUGGGUCCAUGGUGGUUGUCUCCUUUCUGGCUCUGCUUCCAUGUAUGAUGGUUCGAAAUUGUCAGCCUCCCAGAACAUAGUAGUGGUCACUAUCCAAUACAGGCUGGGCCUCCUUGGGUUCUUCAGCACUGGGGAUGAGCACGCAUCUGGCAACUGGGGUUACCUGGAUCAGGUGGCUGCCCUGAAGUGGGUCCAGGAGAACAUUGCUCACUUUGGAGGAGAUCCUGGCCAUGUGACUGUCUUUGAGGAGUCCAUUGGGGGAAUGAGAGUUUCCUCAUAUGUUCUGUAUCCCAUAUCCAAAACCUUGUUCUACAGGCAAACCAUGGAGAGCCGUGUGGUCAUCCACCCUGGUUUAACUUCAUUCAGCUCAGAAUCCAUCACAAGUCACAUUGCCAACAUAUCUGCUUGUGAGAGUUACAGUUCAGCUGCCAUUGUUGAGUGCUUAAGGAACAAAACAGAAAGGGAGAUCUUGGCUAUUAGUAAGCAAUUCGUGAUCAUCCCUGGAAUGGUUAAUGGGCAGUUCUUCCCAAAACAUUCUGCGGAUCUCUUGACUUCUGCAAAGUUCCAUCACCUCCCCUCCAUUAUUGGCACCAACAACUACGAUUGGAUCAUUCCUGUUCGCUUAGGUAUUUCUCAGUUCAAAGAAGAGAUAACUAGAGAAAACAUCCGAGAAAUGCUUCUGAGCCCAUUAAUAAAGAGUAUGAAUCCUGAGGAUGUAAACAUAUUUAUAGACAAAUAUUUAGGGAAUACUGAGGAUCCAAAAGAACUUCGACUUCGGUUACAGGAGAUGAUGGGGAAUUUGAUCUUUUUUAUGCCUUCCUUCAGAGUGGCCAGAUAUCAACAGAGUCCCAGCUCUCAAGUCUACUUUUAUGCAUUCCACCACCGACUGAGUAUGUUAAAGGGCACCGAGCCGGAUUAUAUAGAAGUGAAUCUUGCUGAUGAGCUGCGUUUUAUCUUUGGAGCUCAAUUUUUACACAGAGCAACAAAAGAGGAAAACCUAAUUGGUGAGAAGAUAAUGGUCUACUGGGCAAAUUUUGUCAAAAAUGGACCUGCUUUACUGGCUGAUCUACAACCAGAAUGAAGAAUAUCAGCAGCUGCAUCUCCAGCUCUCUGUGGGACAGGGCCGAAAGGAAGAACUUGCCUCAGGAGAAGAUGGAAGCAGGAGCACCCAAAUGCCCAAAUGGAGUCAAUGUUAAGCAUGAACCAUUCUUAAUCCUGGGUAAUCUUUAAUCAUUUCGUUUGAAUAAUUCCACAGUAUCUAUUAAAUUUGUUGUUCUUUGGGUCAGA